UCAUGUAUUCGCACGUAGCAUUAUAUGGCUCCAAUAAACAUACGUAAAUUUAGAGGAACUUGAGUCAUCGUAAGGAACAGUGAUGAAUGAUGAUCUUUGCCAUCGGUGCCGGCUAGUGAAAUCUUAUUAUGAAUCUUAUUAUGUAUUUAAAAGUAUAAUCUGGUAAAAGAAGCCGGCUUAGAUUUUAACGGUACAUAAAAUGUCAACGUUACUGUCAAAAAAACGCUUCGGUGCGUGUACACGUGCAACUUUAAUCACGAGGUUAGAAAGUUAUGAGGUUAAGUGCAACGGCAUUGAUACGUUAAAGAAGAUGCGACUGAUAGAUGACAAAAUAAUUUACUUGCUGAAUACCACGAUUCCCACCGAGUCCUUCAAAAGCCAAUUGAAUCCCACUGCACAAUGUAAGGAUCUAUUCCAGCAAAUAGAGUCCGAGCAUAGCCAAAGACAACUAGCGAUCAAAAAGUGUUUAAGUGUCACUAAGGAGAAGCUGAUGCAGUUGAAGAACUCGAGAGACAGUGGCGACGAGACUCCGGCACUGCUGAAGGAUUUGAGGAAGCAGCAAACUACGCUGAGACUGUUGCAAGCCGAGCUCAAUAUAGAGGAGGUCGUUAGGAAGCGUACGCGAGAAGUGUAUCACGAACGAUGCCGUGGCUUUUACAAGCCACUGCACGCGGAGACAUAGGACUUACGAAUAACGUGUACAGCCCUAUUGAUUUGUAUUAUUGUAAUACUUGAAUCGUUACAAUACAGUUAUACAUAGCAAUUUUGUAAACAUUAGUAGCAAUAAUUCGUUUAUUUCCUGUGAAUUAUGUUAUCUUGUGACGAAGAUUUACGGUACACAUGGAGAUUCUGUUACAAGCGUUUAUUAUACUUGUGCAUUAUCUACGAGGAUGACUAUAGAUGGAACGUACAUGGAUCAUAAAGAUUGUAUAGCUAUUUACACAAAUGUAUAUUUUGCAAGAAAUUCAAAUAAUUGUUAAUCUAAUGAGGAUCAGAUUGUACAAUAUAUUGUAUACAUAAACCAGGAAAAUUCGCAUAGAAAUAAAAUAUAUAAGUUUACAAUAGAUCUGUACAUGCA